GGCAGCUUCUGAACACAGGCUGGGCCUGCUCAGCCUCUGCAGGCCGAGCGGCCGCCCCCUUCCGGCCUCCCCACACGCGCCUGGAUCGCAGGGGAUUCUCUUCAGCCGCUUUGUGAAGCAGAGGAGAGAUGCCUCAGGAACAGUACACCCACCACCGGAGCACCAUGCCCAGCUCCGAGGGACCACAGGUAUACAAAGUGGGGAUUUAUGGCUGGCGGAAAAGAUGCCUGUAUUUCUUUGUCCUACUCCUGAUGAUUUUAAUACUGGUGAACUUGGCCAUGACCAUCUGGAUUCUCAAAGUCAUGAACUUCACGAUUGAUGGAAUGGGAAACUUGAGAAUCACAGAGAAAGGUCUAAAGCUAGAAGGAGACUCCGAAUUCUUGCAACCUCUUUACGCCAAAGAAAUCCAGUCCCGACCAGGUAAUGCCCUGUACUUCAAAUCUGCCAGAAAUGUUACAGUGAACAUCCUCAACGAACACACUAAAGUCCUAACUCAGCUGAUAACAGGGCCAAAAGCUGUAGAAGCUUAUGGCAAAAAGUUCGAGGUGAAGACGGUUUCUGGAAAAUUGCUCUUCUCUGCAGAUAGCAAUGAAGUGGUAGUAGGAGCUGAGAGAUUAAGAGUUUUAGGAGCAGAGGGCACAGUGUUCCCUAAAUCUAUAGAGACACCUAAUGUCAGGGCAGAUCCCUUCAAGGAACUAAGGUUGGAGUCCCCCACCCGGUCUCUGGUGAUGGAGGCCCCAAAAGGAGUAGAAAUAAAUGCAGAAGCUGGCAACAUGGAAGCCACCUGCAGAACAGAGCUGAGACUGGAGUCCAAAGAUGGAGAGAUUAAGUUAGAUGCUGCGAAAAUCAAACUACCUAGACUGCCUCAUGGAUCCUACACGCCCACAGGAACAAGGCAGAAGGUCUUCGAGAUCUGUGUCUGCGCCAAUGGGAGAUUAUUCCUGUCCCAGGCAGGAACUGGUUCCACUUGUCAGAUAAACACGAGUGUCUGCCUGUGAGAGACGAUGCAUAGUGGACAUUGUUGGCAGCAUCCAGGCCUUUUUCGGCUUUAGACCCUGGCUGCCAGCUAUUUUUACUAGAACACAGAAAGCCUAUCAAAGACCUUUUGUGUGUGUGUGUGUGUGUGUGUGUGUGUGUGUGUGUGUGUGUGUGUGUGUGUGUGUGUGUGUGUGUGUGUGUGUGUGUGUGUGUGUGUGAGUUUGCGUGUGUGGGUGAUAUAAAUAUAUAUAAAUAUAUAUAAAUAAAUAUAUAUAUCCUCUGUAUAAAAUGAGGUUUCAGUACAAAAGGAACCAUGGGUGACCCUGUGAUAUCCACUGUCAUUGCCAUCCCAACCCCACCACAUACAUGAUAAAAUCAAAACACUAAUUCGGGCCCUAUAUUCCCCAGACCCUGCAGAAUCACACAGUGUAUCGACACUUAGUGAAUAUUCGCCUACACGUGUGAGUAACAGCCUGUCUUUUCCUCUAGUGUCAUUACAAGGCAGUGAUGGCGGGAAUUUGCAAGUCACACCCAAGGGCUGAGACCCUUGUAGUAAAAGCAGACACUUUAUUAGCUUUUGUGCAGCUGGCCAACUUCUCCCCCUUCAAGUCAGGGAUGGGGCAGUGCCGUAGAAGUCAGACAGAGGAACUCAACAUGGCUGUGCUACUUUUGCAUCCAAAUGUAUUGGGCUCUUGUGGUUGGAUGAACUAGGAGGAUGGAUUUUAGCAAAGUUUGAAAGGCUCACCCAACUCCUGUGAGCUUAUGACUUCCUUCAAACUCACGUAUUAUCCCACAGUCAAAACAGGAGCUGUGAGUCAGCACAAAAUAGGAAAACAGUUGCUCCUCAGUCGGCUAGAAGCUCCUCGAUGGCCUGACAGACUAAGAGUAAAUGGGCAAUAGGUCUCUGUUUGAAGUGAAAAAAUGGCUCAAAAUCUGUUACAUCCUCACUCCUGUUGACUUUAUCCAACAGACUCCUACCCAAAAUGAUCACGUCAAUCCAGAUCUUUAAGAGUGGAACCCCUACCCCCAAGAGAAGCUAUUUGGAGACGGAAAUCAAAGAGUGGCAAAGGAAACCAAAUUAUUUUAAAAUAUGUUUCUGGGGACUGGUAGGUAAUUUAGAGGCAUGCGUUUCAUUUCUAAAAGUAUGCACAAACUCUCUGCCUUCAAUCUUCUUAUAUAUUUGUUCAGUAUUGGGAUAUUCAUUUUCCUAAGUUGACCAUUGUCUUCUCUAAGAACAGUGACCCAAGAAUCACAGAUCUAAAGUACCACAUGCCCCCAGAAAUGCUCGCUGAAAAUUAAUAUAGACUGAGUCAAGUGUCUUCAUUAGAAUCACUGUGUCGCCGGGGGGCCCAACGGUACCCACUGCCCCGUAUGCGGAAGCAGCUCCCUAAUUCCCGCCAUCAGCUACCUCCCAUCACCCCACUUUCAUCAUCGUGCUCCAGGGUCACCCUGGCCAGCUCUUGUGCUGGGACAGGGGAUUACACUAUCUCUGUUCAAAGAGGGGGAUACGUGCCUAUGCCUUACGACAAUGCACUCAGCAAGGAGAAGCACAUCCAAUAUUUAUCUUGUGUUACCUGUAGUUUAUUUUGAGUGAUUGGAGGGGAAGGGUUUCACAAUGACUGGGCAUCUCAACAGCUAGUAGGCAAACCAAGUGGCUGACAGAUGUGGACGCCUAGGGGCCUGGAAGGGAGACGUAACUGCUUUCGACCAUCCUGGAUGCCACUUGGCAAGCAGUAGCCCCACAGUCCUAAACGAAGUCAUAUUUGUAGGCCUGAAUGGCAUCUGUUUGUUGUUGUUGUUUUUUCCUCAACAGGGUUCUGCUUUUUCUUACUUCACAAGCAGUGGGGAGAUGUGCUAUAGGAAAUGAAUAAGAGGUUUGGUAUUUUUGAGAUGACACUCAAGCAUCGGGCUGAGUUUUGCACGUGUGGAAGGUAAAAGCAAGCUGUGUGUUGCUUAGUCACUUAGAAGUGGGGGGAGGAGGGAUGGUUCCAGCCUGACCAGUGGCCCUGCUGGCUCCCGGACCCCAGGGUCCCUCCAGUCACUCCUGCUUAAUAUCCGUACAGAAGAAUUGGGUUGCUCAAGGGUGAGACCGUAAGAUUGCUUAGUGUGCAGCACUAGGGUCUAAAAAGGAAAACCAUAAAGAGAUAUGCAAUUGCUCUGGCUCAGUAGUAUUUAUAUCCUGUAGGAUCACACCGCCAGAAUCUGCAUGUACCACACCCAGAGUUUUUCCAAGCCAGGAAAGGCCCUCCUUGGCAUCUGGGAGCAUCUACCCCAUAUCUUUCAGAUCAACAGUAGUACCUAUAAGGUCCUUUGUGGCUAAGUACCUGAAGAUGAAAGGUUUUUGUUUGUUCUGUUUGUUUGUUUUUUAAGCAGACAGACCAUCUUUGCAUUUUGUCAUCUCAAGUACAUAUUCUAAGGAUGACAAAGAAACGGAAGGUUCCCUGAACCUCUUUCAUCUAAUUUUGUUCUAAUCGUUAAAUGAAAGUCUGAGAUCAGCACCUUGGAAAUUUUAUGCCAAUAAAAAAGACUGGCGUGAUGCCACUUGCAAAAAUUAAUCCUAAAUAUACUCAGAUCACAAAUAGAAUAAAAUCAAUAGCAACCACGAAUAGAAAUCAAGCACCUCUGGGGACAGACAUGAUAGAAAAUUCUGAUUUUCAUUUGUGCUAAGUGACUACGCUAUAUCAGGUAAUGAGCAGGCAGUUUGGCGUGGAUUAAAUUAUGUAUUUCAGUUCAGACUUUAGAAUUCAGUAAUUGCAUAUUAAGUCCUUCAAUGUACAUUUUUUUUCUCCCAACUUCCUCCAACUAGAAUACCUGUCCCUGGUCAUGAGAAAAAGUUUUACCUGAAUUCUGGAAAAAAAAAUCUCUUUUACAUUAAAGUCUGAUACCUUUAAUUUAUAAAACUGAGAUCCUUUCUAAUCUUAUAUACAAUAUCUUCUAGAAAAUCACAUCUCUCAGUAUAUUAAGCAGCAGGUGGCAUAACAAAGAGUUUACAUGAAUUUUCAAUAUUCUAGAAGUUCCAGUACGUUAAUAUUCUUCAGAAAAGUUUUAUAAAUUAAAAGUUGAUCUCCAAAUAUGUUUAGCACCUACUUCUACUGGGUAUCUGCUCAAUAAGUUGUUAAAGUUUAGUCUUAAGAGAUUUUCGAAAGCCCUUUUGGUGACAUCAGUCCAGGUGGAAACUUGAUACAAAGCUGUAUCUUUCUUUUACCCAAGAGACAGAGCCUUUAAACUUGCAUUGGCUUUUAACUUGCUUUAGGUCAGUUUUCCCUUGGAUCAUUUCCAUUGUAUACCCAGCACCAUAGACCAAAGAUUGCUUGAGGCUU